AUGAAUCGCGAUGAACAGCAACCCGUAACGAUGGAGAGCCCUCGGCCCUCUGGGGUUUCCAGCUUUGAGCACCGCACCCUCCCUCCUCGGAUGCAGUACCGAAGCCGACCCGUCUCUGUCGCAGUCGACCCUGUGUCGUUGGUUAUUUCAGAAUGCAUUUCGAUAACUUCCGCCAUCCAGAAGCAUGCGCGAUCACCGCACUCGUCCGUGUCCGCCAUUCUUGGAGGAAGCCCCAAUCCCGUCCAUCUUGGGCCUCCUAGCCCGUCUCCGCGCGGGAGGAGUAAGAGCCCCGCGGCGAGGCUCAGCGACGAUGCGUCCCAUGAUGGCCUCACCAAUCGUUGGGGACUGCGCGGCCAGAGAGGCAAGAGCAUGCAGGACAACCCCAUGAUCACUGGCUUUGGAAAGUUGAGGCAUGAGCUCGCUGGUGUCAAAGAUAUCCGGUCAUUCGAUGCUCCUGCAAUCCUUGCACCGUUCCUGCACGUCAUCCAAGCCAAAGGCACCGCCGCCCCCAUUACGAUUCUGGCCCUCGGCGCACUGAGGAAGUUUCUGGCAUAUGGCUUCAUCUGCCCGGAGUCGCCCCGAUUUGCCCUCGCGAUGCAGUCCCUCUCAGCCGCCGUUACACACUGCCAAUUCGAUAUUAGCGACUCGGGACAGGUCGAGGUGGUACUUCUUAUGAUUCUAAACCUUAUGGAGGACAUGAUGUCAGGCCCUGGCGGAGAUAUCUUGAGCGACGAGAGCGUCUGCGACAUGAUGGGCCGUGGCCUCGCCAUCUGCUCCCAACCACGAUUUUCUCCCGUGUUGCGCAGAACCGCUGAGGCUUCCAUGGUUAGGAUGUGUCAAAUCAUAUUCGAGGACAUCAAGCACCUCGAGUUUGAGGCUGGCGAGGACGCCGAUGCGUUGGAGCAGCAAGUGGACGACGACCUCGAUAGCGUCAGAAUGGAGGCCCCUGCCCCUGAGGCUGAAGGUUUGUCCGCCGAGCCCACGAGUUUGGGACUGUCUGGAACAGCGACCCCGGACCCUGAGCGGAGUAGCAGGGAGACAGCGUCAAACUCGGAGACACCUCAAGCCACUGCGAGCGAGCCAACUGAAGAGACGGAGUCUGUUGAUCUCAGACCCUAUUCUCUGCCUUCUGUUCGCGAGCUUUUCCGGGUUCUGGUCAAUUUCCUGGACCCCCAGGAGCGACAGCACACUGACAAUAUGAGAGUCAUGGCUUUGCGCAUCAUUCAUGUCGCUCUCGAGGUUUCUGGGCCCUUCAUCUCUCGGCACCCUGCAUUGGCUGUUAUCGCCGAGGACCGCUUGUGCUGUUACCUCUUUCAGCUGGUGAGAUCCGAUAACAUGGCUAUCCUUCAAGAAUCUCUCACUGUUGCUGGCACACUACUCGCGACCUGCCGUGGUGUUCUCAAAUUGCAGCAAGAGCUGUUCUUGUCUUACUUGGUCACAUGUCUCCACCCCAAAAUUGAGAUUCCUCGGGAACCUGGAAUUGAGCCAUCUCUGUACUCUGGCAUCCCACUGAACCCCAAGCCCAACAGUGGGCGAGCGACCCCCGUUCCGGUCGGGGAACGCCAAAAACUUGGCUUGGAAGGGGGCGCCCGCAAACCGGAUGCUCGUCAGGCCAUGGUUGAGAGUUUAGGAGUGUUGUCGAGAAUGCCAACAUUCAUGGCGGAGCUUUUCAUCAACUACGAUUGCGACGUUGACCGAGCUGAUCUUUGCGAGGAUAUGAUUGGGCUUCUCUCGAGAAAUGCUUUGCCGGACUCAGCAACAUGGAGCACGACAAGCGUCCCCCCUCUCUGCCUCGAUGCCCUGCUGCGAUAUAUCCAGUUCAUCGCCGAACGGCUGGUUGAUGACCCUGUUACUGAUGGUUAUCCCGAUCCGGCCAUUUUGCGGGAGCAGAGGCGGAGAAAGAAGAUCAUCAUCAAGGGAGCAGGCAAGUUCAACGAGAAACCUAAAGCAGGUCUGGGCUACCUGGAGGCGCAAGGCAUUAUCGAGAAUGCCAGUGACCCUGUGGCUGUGGCCAAGUUCCUCAAGGGAACUUCCCGUAUCAACAAGAAGGUGCUCGGUGACUUCCUCUCUAAGAGAGGCAAUGAGGCCAUCCUUGAGGCUUUCCUCGAUUCCUUUGACUUCUCCGGUAAGAGAGUGGACGAAGCCUUGAGACAGUUCCUCGAGUCAUUCCGCCUGCCUGGAGAAGCGCCUUUGAUUUCUACCAUCGUCGAGUCCUUCUCGGACAAGUACUGCUCCAAUGAUACCACAGAAGAAGUUGCAGAUAAGGAUGCGGUGUACAUUCUGACGUAUGCCAUCAUCUUGCUGAACACCGACCAGCACAACCCGAACCUGGACGCCAAGAAGCGCAUGACAUUGGAGGACUUUUCCAAGAACCUCAGGGGAACAAACAAUGGCAAGAAUUUUGCUCCAGAAUACCUUCAGGUCAUCUACGAGUCCAUCAAGUCCAACGAAAUCAUUCUUCCUGACGAACAUGACAACAAGCACGCCUUCGACUAUGCCUGGAGAGAGUUGCUCCUUAAGACUGAGUCUACUGGAAGCCUGAUCAUUUGCGAUACGAAUAUUUAUGAUGCCGACAUGUUUGCUACGACCUGGAAGCCAAUUGUUUCUACCCUGUCUUAUGUUUUCAUGUCUGCCACGGACGACGCUGUCUUUGCGCGAAUCGUCACUGGAUUUGACGAAUGCGCACGCAUCGCCACUAAGUACCGGAACACCGAAGCCCUCGACCAAAUUGUCUAUGUCCUGAGCCACAUGUCUACUUUGGCAACCGAAUCUCCCUUCAACACCUCGCUAAAUACCGAAGUCCAAGCUGGGGACGGCAGUGUUAUGGUUAGCGAGCUCGCUGUUAAGCUGGGCAGGGACUUUAGAGCCCAGCUUGCGACUCUGGUGCUUUUCCGUGUCGUCACUGAUAGCGAAGAGUUGAUCCACAAGAGCUGGAAAUAUAUCAUUCGCAUAUGGCUCAAUCUGUUCACCAACUCUCUGAUACCAUCCUUCUCCCCGAGCAGUUUGACAGCCAUGCCUCUACCACCCAUCCCCUUGCAAACCCCCUCACAGGUCAUUGAUCGAGUGGCACGAAACGCAGAGACAGGCUUCUUUUCUGCUUUCACUUCGUACAUCUCGAGCUAUGCCGCCGAUGACCCGCCAGAGCCAUCCGAUGAGGAAUUGGAGAGCACGCUUUGCACUAUCGAUUGCAUCAAGUCUUGCAAAAUGAAUGCGGUAUUCGACAACCUUGCUAAACUUGAUGCGUCGGUUGCCAAGGCAGUGGUUGAGGCCCUCAUCGAUCAACUUCCAGAGGACUCUACAACGACGGUGAUCAGUGUCAAGCAUGAGAGCAUGCCUGGAUCUCCCACAAACGGUCACGUUCCUCCAUCAGGACACCUCAGAUAUGACCCCAGUGUCACCUACCUUCUGGAAUUCUGCACUUUGUUGGCAACCAGGGAUGAGGAGUCUAUCGAGGAUAUGGGCAAGGUAGUUUUCGACACGCUCCAAGGCGUCCUUCGUGACUCGGGACAAUACCACGCGAUCACGGUGUCCCGAGCUGCGUUCUACGCUCUCAAGCUCCUCAAGACAGGCUACGAUCACGACUUUGUCAAUGUUCCUUUCUUGCUCCAUACCAUCUCAAGCCUACCACAAGAUGCACUGGGCAAGAACUCGGAUCUGGUGUUGCAGGGCCUUGCACUUUGCAUCGAUGAAUCUGGUCCCUUAAGGCGUGAAAUGAUGACAUCGCCCGACUUUUGGGCCAUCCUUCGCGCCUUAGCUAAACGGCCUGAAGCAGCCGCACUGGUAUUCGAGAUCCUUGAAAAGGGAACUACUGGAACACCACCCGCAAUCAUGGCCGACAACUAUGAGGCGGCAAUCUCCUUGCUCAACGAUUUUGCUUCUGCUGCCAGCCCCAAGCACUCUGUCAUUCAGACACGGAGCCCUCGACCUCAGAGGUCGAACCCACCUAAGCAGGACAAGAAACGCCAAGCGGAAGCUGUUGCGAGAGGGUCCAAGGCUGUCAAUAUGCUGUACAACAUGACGGAUCGCAUUCCUCAUCUUAUGCAGCAAUCUCAGCUUGAGAGCAGUGAAGCUUGGUCGGCGUACUGGUUGCCAAUCUUCCAGGCCCUGACAACGCAAUGCGCAAACCCUUGCAGAGAUGUUCGACAACUGGCCUUCUCCGCCCUGCAGCGAUCUCUGCUUUCACCAGAGCUGACCUGCAGUGACCCGAAGGAAUGGACUGCUAUCUUUGGCAAGGUUCUAUUUCCCUUGAUCAUCCAACUCCUCAAGCCAGAGGUUUUCUCAUCUGACCGAGAUGGAAUGAGUGAGAUGAGAGUCCAGUCCGCCUCCCUUCUUUGCAAAGUGUUCCUCCAGUAUCUGGUGCUCCUUUCCGAAUGGGAUGGCAUGCUGGAUCUCUGGAUUAAGAUCAUCGAGAUUAUGGAUCGCCUCAUGAACAGUGGCCAGGGAGACAGCCUUGAGGAGGCAGUUCGAGAAAACCUUAAGAACGUGUUGUUGUUCAUGGCCAGCAGUGGAUACCUGGUUUCACCAAACAAGGAUUCCUCUAAGGAGGAGCUAUGGUCAGAGACUUGGAAGCGCAUCGAUCGUUUCCUGCCCGACCUUCGUGGCGAUCUUGCUCUAGAUGAGCCUGCAGUCGAGGAAAAGGCUGAGAGGAAGAGUGUGGAAAAGAAAGAAGAGCAUCAGGAGCAGGCUGAAGAGGGCAGUGACAAGGUUGAGGAGAAGAGUGAAGAGGCCGAGGAAGCGGAAAAGAAAGAAGAGAAGAAAGAGGAGGCAAGCGAGGAGCAGUAA